AUGGAGGCAAUGAUGGCAGAGUUCAAUAGAAAGUUACAAGACCUCAGAACAUCGCUGCUGCUACGUGUAGACGAACCGAAUGAAGAAAUGAAUUUGAUACUUUUGAAUAUGCACAACAUACUAGGCGAACUUGAAAAUCAUGUAUCUUACAUGUCGUCGUUUCUGUCUGAGGAAAGGGUUUCUAUUGAUCUUGCUCAGGACAUUACAUAUAGAUUGAAAGCACAGUACAGAUGUCUUGAACGUAUACAAAGCAAUCUACCUAAACAUCUGCCCGGGACUGCGGAUGCGGCUAUCAGACAAGCUCUGACAGAGAAUCAUGUCAAGAGCAAGAGAUUACAGAAACCCGUUACCAAGACCACGAAAAGAACACAAGAAAAUGACGACUCGGACCGAUUACCCAAAGUAUCGUAUGUGACAAUAUCAGAGUUUGAGAAUGUCCCAAAAUACAUUGUGAAAAGGUUAACGCGUGAGAAAAUAAACGAAGCCAUAGACGAUAUCAACAAAGUCUUUGGUGAAAAGUAUCGGAUACUCAGAAUGAGUCCGAGUUCCAUGUCUCAGAAUAUGAAAGCUCGAUAUUGGGAAUACAAGGAAUCAUACAUUGAUGAAACCAAGGAACGACCGUAUAUAACAGAAAAAGAUUUAAAGUCAUCAAACGUUCGAAUAAAAUUCAAACCAGACAUUGCUGGCAAAACCGUCUUGGCACUGUUAAGACACAUUGGAAGGAUAAAGGAGAUAAGAGGCGGCGGAUAUACGCGAUAUGUGUUGACUGGAUGA